AUGGGCUGCUCGAUGGCACGCCUCCUCUCCCUCGCCGCACGGGAGGAUGUCUCCCUAACACUUUCCACACUAGCAAUCACCUCCUGCGUCCAUGGUGACGGAAACCUCACCAUCCGAUGCCAUCCUGACCAGGCUGCAAGCCUCCUCCAGCUGAAGAAAUCCUUCUCAUUCUUCCGUUACCCCAGUGCCCUUGCGUCAUGGCAGGAUGGCACCGAUUGUUGUCUUUGGGAAGGCAUCAGCUGUAGCAGUUCCUCGGGCGAUGUCACUGCUUUGGAACUCAGUGGACGUGGCUUGUACAGUCCAGGUCUUGACCCAGCAAUCUUCGAGCUCACCUCGCUCCAACGACUAGACCUUAGCAUAAAUUGUUUUGGCCAGUACAGCCUCCCGACAAGUGGGUUUGAGAGGUUCUCCUUGCUCACCUACCUCAACCUCUCCAAUUCGGGCUUCAGUGGCCAGAUACCUAUUGGCAUCGGCAGACUGGCCAGCCUUGUCUCUUUGGAUCUUUCUACUUAUCAAUAUACAACUUCCAGAGAUUCUGUCUAUGCCGAUGUCGAAUCUGUUUAUGCCAGCAUCAGUGUUGUUAAAAAUUAUCUCCAGCUAUACCAACCAAACUUCCAUAUCCUAGUGGCCAGCCUCAACAAUCUGACAGAGCUCUACCUUGAUGGAGUGGAUAUUUGGAGCAGCACAGAAGGUUGGUGUGGUGCUGUUGCUAAAUAUCUUCAAAAUCUCCGAGUUCUUAGCUUGAGUUAUUGUCGUCUUGACGGUCCUAUUUGUUCGACCCUCUCAACCCUCCACUCCCUAACUGUGAUAAACCUGGAAAAUAACUUCUAUAUGCAUGCGGCUCCUUUUCCAGAGUUUUUCAUGGAUUUUCUCAAUUUAAGUGUGCUGAACCUUGCUGAAAUAAAUCUCCAGGGCUGGUUCCCUCGUAGAACCUUUGUAUCAAAAACUCUACGGGUUCUUGAUUUAUCCGGGAAUCAGAAUCUCUCAGGGCAUGUGCCCAACUUCUCCAACACAAGUUCCUUAGAGAUGAUGAUGUUAGAUGGGACCAAUUUCUCCUUUGCAAGACCAGGCUCUUUUAGCAAUUUCCAGUUUCUGAAAACGUUGAGCCUUGACGUGAAUUUCAUUUCUAUGGAGCCUCAGUCUUCACUCGGUAUUCUCAGGUCUAUGCGACAGUUGGAACUCUCUCAGAUGGAGUCAGCAAGAGAUUUAGGUCCAAUUUUGUCUUGGAUCGGAGACAUGCAAAGUAUGCGAAGCUUAAAACUCUCUGGAUGCAGCUUAUCUCGGACAUCCUUUUCUUCAGUUGCCAAACUCAAGAGCUUGAGAAGCCUGGUAAUCUCUAAUUGCAGCUUCACUAGGCCCGCGCUGUCAACAUUUGGUGAUCUAGUAUAUUUGACAAGCUUGGAGAUCUUUCUUUCCACAUUUAAUGGCCCAAUACCAUCUGCAAUUGGCAACCUCACAAACUUGAAAAGCUUGAAAAUCAAUGUAUGUGAUUUUCUAGGGUCGAUCCCAUCUUCAAUUGGCAAACUCAUGAACCUAAGAAGCUUGGAAAUAAAUGGUGGUUCUGGCUUUUAUACUGUCCUUAGUGGCUCUUCUUUGCCAAUACCAUCUUCAGUUGGCAACCUCAGUAACUUGGUAAGCUUGGAAAUCUCGUCUUGCUUGUUUUCUGGGCCAAUACCAGAUGCAGUUGGACUACUCAAGAAGUUGACAGUUCUUCGACUUCGAUGGUGUGCCUUUUCUGGACGCAUACCAAAUUCAAUAGUUAACUUGACUCGCCUUAUUGAGUUAGAUCUUUCAUCAAAUUUUCUCAACGGGGAGCUUCCAACAUCUGUUUUCAUUAUUCCUACAUUGGAGCGCUUAUAUCUUCAAGCAAACCAGCUCGCUGGUUCUAUACAAGACCUAGACGUGAUGUCUUCACACUUGGUUUCAGUGGAUUUAAGCACUAAUGAAUUGACAUGAAAUAUCCCCAACUCAUUCUUUCAACUCAAAAGUUUGGCAUAUCUUGAUAUUGGCUGGAAUAACUUUGUGGGUUUGGUGGAUCUUUCCUCAUUUUGGGUGUUGGGAAAUCUCGUUUCCUUGAGUCUUUCCAACAACAAUUUAUCAGUCAUGGACAUGGAUGGAGAAGGCAACAACUCUGUGUCUACCUUUCUCCCUCGAGUUACCGAUUUAGAAUUAGCAAGUUGCAAUUUAACGGGAUUUCCAAACUCAUUGGCACACAUUAACCAAAUGUCUUCCUUGGACCUGUCAUGCAAUAGAAUCAGUGGGGCUAUUCCAAAGUGGAUAUGGGUGAAAUGGACCAGUAGCCUUACAUAUUUGAAUCUUUCACACAACAUGUUCAACACUAUGCUGCUUACUUCAUAUGUUCUCCCUUUCAACUGUUUGAGAAUUCUUGAUCUCAGUUCCAAUCAGCUUCAAGGGCAAAUUCCUAUGCCAAGCACGCCAGCAUAUAUCUUGGAUUAUUCAAACAACAGUUUCUCUUCACUACUUCCAAACUUCACUCUCUAUCUCGGCCAUAUGUUCACUGUUUCUAAAAAUAAUAUUAAUGGACAUAUACCCAACUCAAUUUGUGAUUCAAGUAUCUAUAUCCUCGACCUAUCUUUUAACAACUUCACUGGGUGGAUACCUUCAUGCCUAAUAGAAGAUAGUUACGUGAAUGCGCUGAGUUUGAGGGAUAAUCAGUUUGAAGGUAUGUUGCCUAACAAUAUCAAAAAUCAGUGUGGGCUUGAAACAUUAGACUUGAAGAACAAUAAGAUUGAAGGGGAGAUUCCAAGGACACUUACUAAGUGCUUGCAGCUAGAGUUCCUCGACUUUGGAAAUAAUCAUAUGGUGGGUACUUUUCCAUCAUGGCUGGGGAGGCUUCCUGGACUUCGUGUCCUUGUUUUGAGAUCCAACCAAUUCUAUGGCUCGAUAGGUGGUGACAUUCACAGAGGUGACAAAUCUAGAGAAUACUUCUCUAGCUUGCAGAUUCUUGAUGUUGCCUCGAACAAUUUCUCUGGUGAUUUGAGUCCAGAAUGGUUUGAGGGGUUGGAAUCAAUGAUGGCGGAGUUAAAUACUACAGGUUAUAUUAUCAGUGAUUAUAGCAUCUAUCUCAACGCAGGAGCGUAUCAGGCCACAGUCACGAUAACAUAUAAAAGCAUCUAUAGGACAUUUGCGAAGAUCUUGACUACUUUAACGGUAAUUGACCUUUCAGAUAAUUCAUUUGAUGGUACAAUUCCUGUAUCGCUUGGGAGGCUUAUUUCACUACUCGUACUAAAUAUGUCUGGCAAUAACUUCACCGGUGACAUUCCUUCAGAAUUUGGCGGGAUGACACAACUAGAGGCACUAGACCUGUCUCAGAACCAACUGUCUGGUGAUAUUCCAGAGGCGCUAACAAAUCUCACCUUUCUUGGUAUCUUGAACUUGUGCAAUAAUAAGUUGGUUGGGAAGAUACCUCGGUCAGGUCAAUUUUCAACAUUCCAAAACAGUUCAUUUGAAGGCAAUCUGGGGCUGUGUGGACCACCAUUGUCCAGCCCAUGCGGCGUUUCCCCUGCUCCUCCAAGUGUGGUGCAUGUGGGGAAGUCCUCUCAUGUGGAUGUCAUCCUGUUCCUCUUGGUCGGGCUUGGCUUCGGCGUCAGAUUUGCAGCGGCCAUUCUGGUGAGAUGUGGCUGGGUCGGCGAAUGGUUUGUUAAAUCAGCGAGAGCUUUGCGGACCUGAUCUAAAAGAGUGAUAAUGCUUCCAAGUGCAAGCAUGCAUUGCUGGAAGCAGUUAUGCAACACAAGAGGUAUCAAAGUGUAAUAUGGCAUAUGGAUGUAUUUGUACGUCGUUUCUUCUAAAGUAUGGAACGUAUGGGCUAAU